GGAGCCCCUGCAGAGUGACCAGCACUGAGACAACUGCUGAGAGCGAGGGGACAGCAGCCAACUUCCACAGUGUUUAACGAGCACUGUCCAGACUGUCAUCAUCCGUGCGCAAAAGGACCAGCAUCUCCCCAAGUUCCCGAGGCGACCCCAGCACGCAUCAGCACGGAGUACUAUGAUGAUUAAGCCAUACGCGAGACAGGCGGAGGAAGAGGAGGUGGCCAGUCCUCUGCAGUGGAUGGACGGAGACAUGAGCUCGCCUGAGGGAGACGAUUCUGUUAGUCUGCAUCGCUAUAAGCCAGGUAGAGUGAGCCAACAGGCCAGGGAGUUGGGCAGUGAGGAUGCAGAGGAAGAUGAGGAAGAUGGGGAGGAAGGACAAGAGGAUGAGAAUGAGUCCAAGCGACGAGGGCCGAAGAAAAAGCGGAUGACCAAGGCCCGGCUUGAGCGCUUCCGUGCGAGACGUGUAAAAGCUAAUGCCAGGGAGCGCUCGCGAAUGCACGGCCUGAAUGAUGCACUUGAGAACCUUCGUAGCAUCAUGCCCUGUCACUCCAAAACACAGAAACUGUCCAAGAUUGAGACGCUGAGGCUGGCCCGCAACUACAUCUGUGCUCUGUCUGAGGCGUUAGAGGGGGGGCUUUCCACAGAGAGCAGGGCCUUCAUGGAGACGCUGUGUAAGGGCCUCUCGCAACCCACAACCAACCUGGUAGCUGGCUGCUUACAGCUGGGGCCAGCUGCUGGGGCCGGGAUGAGGCCUGACGAAAGACAUGGAAUUCGUCCACCACCUAACCCUCUCAGUGGUGUGGUGAGCUACACCUCUCCAGGUUUGCCAAGUCCCCCAUAUGGCACAUUUGAUUCCACUCACAUGCUUCACCUGAGGGCCAUGAAAGGAAGACAGUAUGAGAAUCACUCCCCACACGAGUAUAACACUGGCGGGGUGGGAACACCUCCAUAUGAUGGCCCCCCUACACCACCUUUGAGCAUAAGCAGUAACCUGGUGACCAAACAGGAGACCUCCCCACAUUACCCACCUCCGCACCACUACUCCCCCUCCCCUGUGGACCAGGCUCUCUAUCAAACUCAGAACAGUUAUGAUGUACACUCAGAAGGGCCGUAUGACUCCUACCACCCACCACACAUGCCCCCACGACAGAUAACGCCCGUCUACAGGGACUAAGACGGAUCGGGAGCCACAACUGAGCCUGACCGACGGGGUCCAGUCUGAGAUCUGAUCCUUUUGUCUGGUGAAGGAUCUUCCUUAGUAGUGAGACAGCUAGUAGUGGAACAAGAACUUUGCAUUUCCUUUCUUCUUCUUUUUACAUGUUUGGUGCAUUUGCACAGUAGACUAGCACUGCUCACCAUUGUUAGAAUAUUCAAUAGCAAAUACUUGAUUUGAACCAACACAUUAUCUUCCAAACUGACCAAAUGAUUCAUUGACCUUGCAGGUCUAAGUAUGAAACAUCGCUUUAGCCAUUUCUACCAGUUGGCCUGGUUCUUUAAGAUAAGCACUUCUAAUUAUUAUCAACAACAUAAAAUGUUCUCCAUUAAGUAUUCUUAUUUAUUCUCUAAUUUAAUACAGUGUAUAUGGAGUUUGUUCUCAUGUGUCUGUUUUUCUCAUUUGCAUUUAUUUCUUGUCAAAGUUUUUCUUUGUUUGUCUAGGUAAUCCCUUAUCCUUCUUUUGUGUCCAGUGUCCUUUCUUGCAUUAUAUUUGAUGUUUUGCACUUGAAACACAUUCCAAAAUAGAUAUGUGAGCAUGGUGUAGUUGAUUUCCUAUGGGCAUUGAAGAACAAAAAAAACAACAAUGCAGGUUCUUUGAAGACAUAAAAAAAGAAAGAUAAAUACAAGAAGAGGAUGAUUUGGAGAAUUAAGCAUGAUGGUAAUGAAGUAAAUGUAUAAAUCUCAGGUUAAAGCACUGGAAAUUAUGCAUUGGAUAUGUUUUUUUAAUUUGUUUAUUUUGGUAAAACAAUGUUAUUAAA